GCACCAAACUUCCUGGAACUUUUCUUUCUGCUUCGGGAGACUAAACAGUGAGGGGACAGCAAGCAUGACGGCCCUCCUUCGCAGGCUGCCGGGCUCCAGGUGCUCAGUGAGGCCGUGGCUGGGUGUGAUUCUGCGGGAAACGCACGGCGGAACUUCCCGUCUGCUCCCCCGGGACGGAGCGCGACUGCUGGCCGGCGGCGCUCGCCCUCUGACGGCGUACUGUUGCGCACACAGCCGCAGGCAGCACACGCAGGCCGGAGAUCCCGUAGAGGCGCAUUUAAAGCGUUUAGAGGGGGAAGACGAUGGGAUAGUGGAGGUGUUGAUGUGCCGACUCAAAGCCAGAAACGCCCUCGGCCAUGUGUUCGUGUCACAGAUGAGGGAGCUGGUUUCCACUCUGGCCAAUGACUCAGCAGCACGUGUGGUCGUCUUCAGGAGUUUAGUGCCGGGUGUUUUCUGUGCAGGUGCAGACCUGAAAGAGAGACAACUGAUGAACAACACAGAGUCUGAUCUGUUUGUUCACGGCCUGCGAUCCCUAAUGACUCAGAUAGCAUUGUUGCCCAUGCCGACCAUCGCAGCGAUGGACGGCGCUGCCCUGGGAGGUGGGCUGGAGCUGGCUUUGGCCUGUGACCUUCGCACUGCUGCACAUUCGGCACAGAUGGGUCUGAUUGAGACGACACGGGGGCUGCUCCCAGGGGCGGGGGGCAGUCAGCGGCUGCCGCGGAUGGUGGGCAUCACUCUGGCCAAAGAGCUCAUCUUCACAGGUAGGCGUGUGGGAGGGCAGACAGCUCUGGAGAUGGGGCUUGUAAACAGAGCUGUAGAGCAGAACCAGACAGGAGACGCUGCCUACAGAGAGGCACUCCGCCUGGCCAGAGAGAUACUGCCCCAGGGGCCUGUCGCAGUGCGGAUGGCGAAAGAGGCAAUUAACAGAGGCGUUGAGGUUGACAUUGGUUCAGCAAUGGCAAUAGAGAGGAUGUGUUACGCUCGGGUCAUCCCUACGCGGGACAGACAGGAGGGUAUGGCGGCCUUCAUAGAGAAGAGACCCCCGCGGUACACCGGGGAAUAAACUCUUUGGAGCUAUUGAAUUUCUAUCUCACACAGACGUACCACCGCUCUCCAUAACCUCAUGUCUGAUAGGUUAACUCCCAUUGAUUGUUUAUGUGCACACCAGCCAGUGUCGAUAUGUUAAUUAAAGUCCGUGUGAGUUCUCAGUGGUGACUGUUUGCUUUCGCGACCAAUGGAACAUGACUGAAAAGUAGAAGGUUUAUACUGUUUUAUCAACACAGGUGAUGUGAAGCUCAUCUCUGGAAUAAAAAGGCGACCCAAGCGUCAUAUCCAGUUUU